CUCACCAUGAAGCGGGCUCUGGCUCUGGUGGGCCUGGCCUUCCUCUGUGUGCUCCGGGCUGGGGCUGCUCAGCAGACGGUGGACGAUGCCUGCUCUGUGCAGAUCCUCGUUCCCGGCCUCAAAGGGGAUGCUGGUGAGAAGGGGGACAAAGGCGCCCCAGGACGGCCCGGAAGAGUCGGCCCCACGGGAGAGAAAGGAGACGUGGGCGACAAAGGACAGAAAGGCGGCGUGGGGCGCCACGGGAAGAUUGGCCCCAUUGGCUCCAAAGGUGAAAAAGGAGAUUCUGGUGACAUAGGACCCCCUGGCCCUAACGGAGAGCCAGGCAUCCCGUGCGAGUGCAGCCAGCUGAGGAAGGCCAUCGGGGAGAUGGACAACCAGGUCACCCAGCUCACGGCCGAGCUGAAGUUCAUAAAGAACGCCGUUGCUGGGGUGCGCGAGACGGAGCAGAAGAUGUACCUGCUGGUGAAGGAGGAGAAGCGCUACCUGGACGCGCAGCUGGCCUGCCAGGGCCGGGGCGGCACGCUGAGCAUGCCCAAGGACGAGGCCGCCAACGCGCUGCUGGCCGCCUACAUCGCACAGGCCGGCCUGGCCCGCGUCUUCAUCGGCAUCAACGACCUGGAGAGGGAAGGCGCGUUCGUCUACGCGGACCGCUCGCCCAUGCAGACCUUCAGCAAGUGGCGCAGUGGGGAACCCAACAACGCCUACGACGAGGAGGACUGCGUGGAGCUGGUGGCCUCAGGGGGUUGGAACGACGUGGCCUGCCACCUCACCAUGCACUUCCUCUGCGAGUUCGACAAGGAGCACAUGUAG